AUUUUUUCUUAGAUAUCCUUUUGUAAACAGAAAUCAAUGGAGAGGUUCAGUAAUUGUACUAAAGAUGAUGAAGAUGAAGAAGAUAAUAACUGGGAAGAGAGAAUAAUGGAAAGCUCGCAGAUGAAUGACAAGAUUAUAAAUGUCAAGGCCCAGAUUUCCUCCAGAAGGCCCCAUGAAAGAGUUAUAGUUCACAUUGAUAUUGAUUGUUUCUACGCUCAGGUUGAAAUGAUAAAAAAUCCUGAACUGAAAACAAAACCAUUAGGAAUUAAGCAGAAAAACUUGGUAGUUACUUGUAACUACGUAGCACGAGAACUUGGAGUUCAAAAACUGAUGUUUGUCAAAGAUGCCAUACAAAUUUGUCCUCAGCUUGUUCUGGUAUCUGGAGAAGACCUAACAGCAUAUAGAGAAGUUUCCUAUAGAGUGACAGGAAUUUUACAAGAAUUCUCACCGUUAGUGGAGCGUCUUGGGUUUGAUGAAAAUUUUAUUGACAUCACAAGUUUGGUACAUGACCACCAAACAAGCCAGUUCACCAGUAAUGGUGCAGAAUCAUUAGUUAGUGGCCAUAUUUAUUUGGAAGGAAGUGGCGUACUCUCUAAAUCUUGCAGCUGUGGUUGUUACUCUCGACUUCAAGAAGCAUCACAUAUAGCUCAAGAAAUGCGAGACAGGAUUUACUCAGAAUUAGGUCUAACGACGUGUGCAGGAAUUGCUCAUAACAAACUUUUAGCAAAACUGGUGUGCGGCUCUCACAAGCCAAACCAGCAAACCACUCUGUUUCCAAAACAGAUUGAAGAUCUGUUGAAAUCUCUGAAUACUGUAAGAGACAUCCCAGGCAUUGGUUCAGCAACUUAUAAAAACCUCACUAGUAUGAAUAUAAAUUUGAUCAGAGAUCUUCAGCUGUGUGAUCUUUCAUCUCUCGAAGAAAAAUUUGGAUCACAGCAAGCUAAACGAUUAAAACAUCUCUCCUUUGGUGUUGAUACAACUCCUGUUGUUCCCUCAGGAAAACCUCAAGUGAGCUAUUUCAUUUUUAAAGCUAUAAUUCAUAUUUUAUUAUUAGAUGACCCCCAACUGUCUCU